AUGGGGCUUGUGCUUGGGUCCGACGGCGGGUCCGUCGGCGUGCUUGCUGGCGGGUCCGUCGGCGGGCUUGCUAGCGGGUCCGUCGGCGGGCUUGCUGGCGCGCUCGUUAGCGGGUCCGACGGCGGGUCCGUCGGCGUGCUUGCUGGCGGGUCCGUCGGCGGGCUUGCUGGCUCGCUCGUUGGCGGGUUCGUCGGCGGAUCCGUUGGCGGGUCCGUCGGCGGGCUUGCUGACGGGUCCAUCGGCGGGUUCUCUGACGCGCGCGCUGGCGGGUCCGUUGGCGGGUCCGUUUACUCGUAUGAUUGCGUGCUCGCGGGUCCGCUGGCUCGUGUGCUGGUUGGUCCUUCGGCGGGUCCGCUGGCUCGCGUGCUGGCGGGUCCUUCGGGCCGUGCUGCUGGAGCUGGGGGGCCUGCUGCUGGAGGUGCUGCUGCUGCUGGAGGUGCUGCUGGUGCUGGAGCUGCUGGUGGUGCUGCUGGAGGUGCUGCUGGUGCUGGAGGUGCUGCUGGUGCUGGAGCUGCUGGUGGUGCUGCUGGAGGUGCUGCUGGUGCUGGAGCUGCUGGAGGUGCUGCUGGUGCUGGAGCUGCUGGAGGUGCUGCUGGUGCUGGAGCUACUGGAGCCGCUGGUCCUGGAGGGUGA